GUGACAAACGGGGAAGGGUGGCUUUUCCCUUUUUCAGUAUUAUGAAUGAAAGCUUGUCCUUUGAUUUUAGCCCUUAAAUAGUUAUUAUCAAACAUUGUCAUUAAGCCGGUAAUAAAGAGCUGAACUAAGCUCGCAUAGAUUAGUUCAAGAUGUCUGCGAGUGCGGUGUAUGUCUUGGAUUUAAAAGGAAAGGUCCUGGUAUGCCGGAAUUAUCGGGGCGAUGUGGACAUGUCAGAGAUCGAGCACUUCAUGACCCUUCUGAUGGACAAAGAGGAGGAGGGGACCCUCUCUCCGAUCCUGGCCCAUGGGGGAGUCCGCUUCAUGUGGAUCAAACACAAUAACCUCUACUUGGUUGCAACAUCUAAGAAAAAUGCUAGCGUCUCGCUGGUCUUCUCCUUCUUGUACAAAAUUGUCCAGGUAUUUUCAGAGUAUUUCAAAGAAUUGGAGGAGGAGAGCAUCAGAGAUAACUUUGUCAUCAUAUACGAGCUGAUGGAUGAGCUGAUGGACUUCGGCUAUCCUCAGACUACCGACAGCAAAAUCCUGCAGGAAUACAUAACCCAGGAGGGGCACAAGCUAGACACCGGCGCCCCACGCCCCCCCGCCACAGUCACCAACGCUGUCUCCUGGAGGUCAGAGGGCAUCAAGUACAGGAAGAACGAGGUCUUCCUGGACGUCAUUGAGUCAGUCAACCUCCUGGUUAGUGCCAAUGGCAAUGUUCUGCGUAGUGAGAUCGUCGGCUCCAUCAAGAUGCGUGUCUUCCUGUCGGGAAUGCCUGAGUUGCGGCUCGGCCUUAAUGACAAGGUUCUGUUUGAAAAUACUGGAAGAGGAGGAAAGAGUAAAUCUGUAGAGCUAGAGGAUGUGAAGUUUCACCAGUGUGUCCGUCUAUCUCGCUUUGAGAACGACCGCACCAUCUCCUUCAUUCCUCCCGAUGGAGAGUUUGAACUCAUGUCCUACCGCCUCAACACUCACGUGAAGCCUUUGAUCUGGAUUGAGUCCGUCAUUGAGAAGCACUCCCACAGUCGUAUCGAGUACAUGAUCAAGGCGAAGAGUCAGUUCAAGAGGCGUUCCACGGCGAACAACGUGGAGAUCCACAUUCCUGUGCCAACGGACGCUGACUCACCCAAAUUCAAGACCACAGUGGGCAGCGUGAAAUGGGUGCCUGAGAACAGCGAGAUCGUCUGGUCAAUCAAGUCCUUCCCUGGUGGAAAGGAGUAUUUGAUGCGAGCCCACUUUGGUCUGCCGAGCGUAGAGGCUGAAGACAAGGAGGGGAAGCCACCAAUUAGUGUCAAGUUUGAGAUCCCAUACUUCACCACCUCCGGCAUCCAGGUGCGUUACCUGAAGAUCAUUGAGAAGAGUGGAUACCAGGCCCUGCCGUGGGUGCGCUACAUCACCCAAAAUGGAGAUUACCAGCUCCGGACCCAGUAGGCAGCGCCUCCGCCGGCAGUAGGCAGGUGGAAAUCAGAGGGGGCGGAGAGGGGCCGCUAAUGCGCUAUCAAUGGCAGGUGUCAGUCAUGAGACCACAGGACUUUCUUUCUUUUGUUUAGUUUUUGUAUUUGUUAAAGUUUUAUUGAUUUCCGAUCAGUGCAAAUAUUAGAUGCAGCCUUCAGUUUAAAAAAAGGAGAAACAAUGAUUAUGUGUUACUACUGUGGCUCAUAAUGUGAGCAAGGCCAAGAAGAGCAGGAGUAAUGUUUACAUCCAACACAUACAGCAGAGAGAUGCACACAAUCCUUCACAAUGGGUCAAAAGGUUUAAAAGAGUAUGUUACACAUUUUUCUUUCAAAGUUACUGUAAUCACAAUAACACUCUUUGUCAAUCUGAGUUUGACAUGAAGCUGCUUCGUUCUGCCACAAUCCCUAUUUGUUGAUUAUCUGUAUAUAUUUGUUACAUGUUAAUGAACUUCAGUGUUAUAUGUUCAACGAUUGUACAUUUAAAUGCUUCUUUUGUUUUUAUCACCUCAAUGUGAUGCCAUUGAUACAUGCCAGAGCACGGCUGUUUUGCUUUUCAUCCGUUUGCCUCCUCUGCCAUUCAGCUUUGCAGAAAAGAUGAAGUUUAUGUCGCGCGGUCAACAGAGUACCAGUUAAAAAUCCCUCUUUUCCAUCCCCAAAACAUGUUCCCCUUCUCCCCGUCUGUAGCCACACAUUUUAAAUCAUUAAAUGUCUAUUUAGAGAAAACUGUUC